CUGGAAUCGCAGCGCCGCCAACCACGAAGCGACGCCGCUGCUAGCUAGCGAGCCAGCCAGCCAGAAUGGAAGUUAGGAAUAAACUGAGCCUCGGCACAUUAUAACCAAAGUUAGCUGUUGGAAAUCUGACAAUCCCGCCCGGAGGAGCGGGACAAAGCGAUGGGAAUCUUGCGUUGAAGACAGAAAGCGGCGGGGCCCGAGAAGAAAACCAGGGGAGAACGAUGGGUGUCGUGCUACGGACUCUGUUGUUGUGUAGUUUUUGUUCGCUCAUACGAGGAGUGCCGCUUCUAUUGUAUGCAAACCGACGGGACCUGCGGCUUGUGGAUGCUGCCCAUGGAAAGGCCAAUGCCACAGUGGUGGUGGGAGGGUUGGAGGAUGCUGCAGCGGUGGACUAUAUCUACUCACAGGGACUCAUCUACUGGAGCGACGUGAGCGAAGAGGCUAUCAAACGCACUGUUUUCAACCAAUCGGGGGUGAGCGGGGCCCAGACUGUGGUGGUGUCCGGGUUGGCCUCACCAGAUGGAAUAGCUUGUGACUGGAUAGGCAGUAAACUGUACUGGACAGACUCGGAAACCAAUCGGAUUGAGGUGGCCGAACUCGAUGGGUCUUUGCGAAAAGUUCUCUUCUGGCAGGAAUUGGACCAGCCAAGGGCAAUAGCCUUGGAUCCAGAAAGAGGGUACAUGUAUUGGACAGACUGGGGUGAGAUCCCAAAGAUCGAGCGUGCUGGUAUGGAUGGUACUCAUCGCUCGAUGAUCAUCGAUAAAGACAUCUACUGGCCAAAUGGGCUGACGCUUGACUACAGCCAGCAGAAACUCUACUGGGCAGAUGCCAAGUACAAUUUCAUCCACUGCUCCAACUUAGACGGCUCCUCAAGGGAGGUGGUGGUCAAAGGAGAUCUCCCACACCCUUUUGCCCUGACGCUAUACGAGGACACUCUCUUCUGGACCGACUGGAAUACCCACUCUAUCCACUCCUGCAAGAAGCAGACUGGCGAGGACAGACGGAAAGUCCACCCUGACAUCUUCUCACCCAUGGACAUCCAUGUGUUCAGCUCCAGGAGACAACCCACCUCUGUGACCAGCCCAUGUUCUGUGAUGAAUGGAGGCUGCUCCCACCUUUGCCUGCUAUCGCCUGUGCAGCCCUACUAUCGGUGCGCCUGCCCCACUGGAGUCCAGCUUUUGGAAGAUCGUCAGACCUGUCGAGAUGGUGCCACCCAGAUGCUCUUCUUGGCUAGGCGAACAGACCUGCGCCGCAUAUCGCUGGACACGCCGGAUUUCACUGACAUUAUCCUGAAGGUUGAUGACAUUCGCCAUGCCAUUGCCAUCGACUAUGACCCUGUGGAGGGCCACAUCUACUGGACAGACGAUGACGUAAAGGCCAUCCGCCGCUCCUCCCUGGACGGUAAUGAUGCUGAGUUCAUAGUCACUUCCCAGGUCAAUCACCCAGAUGGUAUUGCUGUAGACUGGAUUGCCCGAAACCUUUACUGGACUGACACGGGCACAGACCGCAUUGAGGUAACACGCCUCAACGGAACCAUGCGCAAGAUCCUGAUUUCUGAAGACCUGAAUGAGCCCAGAGCCAUUGUACUGGACCCAGUGGCAGGGUACAUGUACUGGACUGACUGGGGAGAGGUGCCAAAGAUUGAGCGAGCUGAUCUAGAUGGCACGGAGCGCAUUGUUAUGGUCAACACUUCCCUAGGUUGGCCCAACGGCCUGGCACUGGAUUAUGAUGAGCGAAAGAUUUACUGGGGUGACGCCAAGAUCGAUAUGAUUGAGGUGAUCAACAUGGACGGGACCGGGCGCAGGAUCCUGGUGGAGGACAAGCUGCCUCACAUCUUUGGCUUCACGCUGCUGGGAGACUACAUCUACUGGACAGACUGGCAGCGGCGGAGCAUCGAGCGUGUACACAAGCGCACCGCAGAGCGCGAGUUUAUCAUCGACCAGCUACCCGACCUGAUGGGACUCAAGGCCACCUAUGUACAUGACACCUUCGGCACCAAUCCCUGCAUGGAGAACAAUGGCGGCUGCAGCCACCUGUGCCUGUACAAACCCCAAGGGGUGCAGUGUGCCUGCCCCAUCGGCUUGGAGCUCAUCGCCGACAUGAGCACCUGCAUCGUCCCGGAGGCCUUCCUGCUCUUCUCCCGCCACACGGACAUCCGCCGCAUAUCCCUGGAGACCAACAACAACAAUGUGGCCAUCCCGCUCACAGGCGUCAAGGAGGCCUCUGCACUGGACUUCGACGUUACAGACAACCGCAUCUACUGGACCGACAUAACACUCAAGACCAUCAGUCGGGCGUUCAUGAAUGGCAGUGCCCUGGAACAUGUGGUGGAGUUUGGCCUGGACUACCCAGAGGGCAUGGCUGUUGACUGGCUGGGCAAGAAUCUGUACUGGGCUGACACCGGCACCAACCGCAUCGAGGUGGCGAAGCUGGACGGUCAGCACAGACAGGUGUUGGUUUGGAAGGACCUGGACAGUCCCCGCGCCCUGGCCCUGGACCCAGCUGAGGGUUUCAUGUACUGGACUGAAUGGGGCGGGAAGCCGAAGAUUGACCGAGCAGCCAUGGACGGGACGGGCCGUAUCACCCUGGUGCCUGAUGUGGGCCGAGCCAACGGGCUGACGAUAGACUACGCUGAACGCCGUCUUUAUUGGACAGACCUGGACACAACGUUAAUUGAAUCCUCUAACAUGCUAGGCCAGGAACGUGAGGUCAUAGCAGAUGAUUUACCUCAUCCCUUCGGCCUGACGCAGUACCAGGACUACAUUUACUGGACUGACUGGAGCCAGCGGAGCAUCGAGCGUGCCAACAAGACCAGUGGGCAGAACCGCACUAUCAUCCAAGGCCACCUGGACUAUGUGAUGGACAUCCUGGUGUUUCACUCGUCCAGGCAGGGUGGCUGGAAUGCCUGCGCCUCCACCAAUGGCCACUGCUCCCACCUCUGCCUGGCUGUGCCCAUCAGUAGCUUUGUCUGCGGCUGCCCUGCGCACUUCUCCCUCAACUAUGACAACAAGACCUGCAGUGCCCCUACAUCCUUCCUGCUGUUCAGCCAGAAGACUGCCAUCAACCGCAUGGUGAUCGAUGAGCAGCAGAGUCCUGACAUCAUCCUGCCUAUCCAUGGGCUGAGGAACGUGCGGGCUAUCGACUAUGAUCCGCUAGACAAGCAGCUGUACUGGAUCGACUCCAAGCAGAACGUCAUCCGCCGCGCACAGGAGGAUGGCAACCAGAGCAUGACGGUGGUGUCGAGCUCGGGGGGGCACAGCCUGGGCUUGCAGCCGUAUGACCUGAGCAUCGACAUUUACAGCCGCUUCAUCUACUGGACCAGUGAGGUUACCAACGUCAUCAACAUCACCCGCACCGAUGGCAGCCGCGUGGGCGUGGUGCUGAGAGGGGAACCCGACAAACCCAGGGCCAUUGUUGUCAACCCAGAGAGGGGGUAUAUGUACUUCACCAACCUGUUGGAGCGCUCCCCUAAGAUCGAGCGAGCGGCGCUGGACGGCACAGAGCGGGAGGUGUUGUUCUUCAGCGGUCUGGGCAAGCCCGUGGCUUUGGCCAUCGACAACGAGGUGGGCAAGCUCUUCUGGGUGGACUCGGACCUGCGGCGCAUCGAAAGCAGCGACCUCUCAGGAGCCAACCGUAUGGUGAUUGAAGACUCCAACAUUCUUCAGCCGGUGGGCCUGACUGUGUUUGGUGAUCAUCUCUACUGGAUAGACAGACAGCAGCAGAUGAUCGAGCGGAUUGACAAGACCACGCGAGAGGGGCGCACAAAGAUCCAAGCACGCAUUGCUUACCUCAGUGACAUUCACGCUGUACACGAGCUGGACAUGAGAGAAUACAGUAAACACCCCUGCACCUGGGACAAUGGUGGUUGCUCCCACAUCUGCAUUGUGAAGGGGGAUGGAACUACCCGUUGUUCCUGCCCUGUUCAUCUCGUACUGCUGCAGGAUGAACUCUCCUGUGGAGAGCCCCCCACAUGUUCUCCGGAGAUGUUUUCCUGCAUGUCCGGUGAGGUGGACUGUAUCCCGCAGUCAUGGCGCUGUGACGGCUACCCUGAGUGCGACGACGGCAGUGAUGAAGAGGAGUGUCCGGUGUGUUCCGACACAGAGUUCCAGUGCGAUAGUAGACAGUGUGUGGAGCUGAGUCUUCGCUGCAAUGGGGAGAUCAACUGCCAGGACCGAUCUGACGAGAACAAGUGUGAAGUUCAAUGCCCCCCUGACCAGUUCAGCUGCUCCAACGGCCAGUGUAUAGGAAAACAUAAGAAGUGUGACCACAACAUGGACUGCACUGACAACUCCGAUGAGAUCGGCUGCUAUCCCACAGAGGAGCCCUCACCUCAACCCUCUAAUACAAUUGGCUCCAUUGUGGGUGUGGUCAUGACGCUGUUCGUGGUGGGAGCUGUGUAUUUCGUGUGCCAGCGUGUGCUGUGCCCCCAGAUGAAAGAUGACGGGGAGACGGUAACAAAUGACUUUGUCGUUCAUGGACCUUCGUCUGUCCCUUUAGGAUACGUACCACACCCAAGCUCACUGUCCGGCUCGCUGCCAGGCAUGUCCAGAGGAAAGUCCGUGAUUGGCUCCCUCAGUAUCAUGGGUGGCAGCAGUGGUCCUCCGUACGACCGUGCCCAUGUCACAGGAGCCUCAUCCAGCAGCUCCUCGAGUACUAAAGGCACUUACUUCCCACCAAUUCUGAACCCUCCUCCAUCGCCUGCCACGGUCCGUUCCCAGUACACCAUGGAGUUUGGCUACUCGUCCAACAGUCCCUCCACACACCGCUCUUACAGCUACAGGCCCUACACCUACCGCCACUUCGCCCCUCCCACCACCCCCUGCAGCACAGACGUGUGCGACAGCGACUGCACUCCCGGACGCCGCGCCCUGCCCAAAUCCAGCAUCUUCGCCAAGGGCUACACCAGCGACCUCAACUAUGACUCGGAGCCGUUCCCCCCGCCCCCGACCCCCCGCAGUCAGUACCUGUCAGCGGAAGAGAACUAUGAGAGCUGCCCGCCAUCGCCGUACACGGAGCGCAGCUACUCCCAUCACCUCUACCCCCCGCCCCCGUCCCCAUGCACAGACUCCUCGUGAGCCAAACACCCCUCAGCCGUUGGCCUGCCCUCUCCCCAAACACACAGAUUUGUGCCCCCUUCACUGUAAAUACCAAUUGUGCAUAUUACGAGUGUAAAAGUACAAAAGAGACACGUUAUGUUCAGGGGAGAGGUGGAAACUGAAGGGGCCGGGCACAUGUACAUUACAACAACAAAAAUAUGGAGGAAAAAAAGAGAAAAUGGGAGCUUGUAAAAGAGCUGCAGAACAUUUGUACAUUAAAAAGAGAAAAGCAUAUUUAUAUAUUUUCUAUACAGUGUUUACUGAUAAUGCCAUAGAGGUUUGUAUUAAGAAAUUUGUACAUUUUUAAGAGAAGGUUUUAUUAAAAUCAUCACAAAUAUACGUUGCCUUAAACCAGGAGAGGAGCAAAUUAAACCUUCCUACAAGGCUGAAGGACACAAAGCACACGGAAAAAAGGACGAUGAGACUAAUCUGAUGCCAAAUAUGAAAAAAAGAAACAUUACCAUUUGCUGAACACUACUAAAAGGGUGAGAGGGUAGUUUGUGGAAAAGGGAAGAGCUCCAUCUGGCGGUCACUCCUGGGUGCUGCAUCUGUGUGGUUCUGUAGAACGGGCGGCCAUUUUGUCAGCGCAGGAGCUGCCCCGCACAGCAGGUUAAGGAGUGGCUCGGAUGGGCCUUCUCUUCAGCAGCAAAGUAAUGUGGUACUGGGUCUUUUCUUUUACCUCCAUCAUUUACAGUGUGGUUUUGUGGGGUCUUGUCUGUAUCCUUUUGCUACGGGGUUGUAGAUGUGAGCCAUUCGCUGGACCACACAAACCAAACAGAAGCUCCGAUCUGAAGCAGUAACACUAAGGCACAUAUUUAUUAGAGAACUUCUGCCUCCACCCAUUUGCUGGCGCUCCGGUAGCCACUAGCGGCUGUCACGAGGCAGCUGAACCGUUCCAGGCGUGGUCCGGAGCCCCCUGACAGGAAGCGUCCGGGGCGGGGGGCAGGUCCAUGUGCGAUGGCUCACAUCUUCAAUUGACAGCUGACAUACAGAUGGGCUGUCAGCCGAACCGGAGGCUGUGUUUGUGGUUUCCUUGCUGAGCAUGGCGGUGCCUGCCUGCGGCUGAAGGCGGCCCCGGCUGGGUGGAGCGAGGCCCGGAGCACAUGGGUCACGUCUCCACUCACUGCUUUUCCCGGUCCGAACCCUUUUGCCCUGCGUUGUUUUAUGGCCCCGGCGGAAGUCGGAGGAGGAAACUCCUUCCUCCCCCUGACAAGAAGUUACUCGUGCCUGACCAGUUACACAACUUCAUAUCAUUUUACUUCAGUUUUUUAACUAAGGAACUCCAGUGCCCACUAAAUGCAUAGUAUUUUUGUACCACAUGUUGUGUAGAUAACGUAUUUAUAAGCUAUAUAGAAAAAUCAUUGUAAAUCUAUCCAUUGAAUUCUUGCAGUACUUUCUUUCAUUCCGUCUUUUUGAUAUGCCUCAUUAUAUUUUUCUACAGAAUAUCACUUCAGAAUAUGGUGACAAUCUCAGACCGGUCAGUCCACUCGGAGACCACAUCCAGGUUCUCCCGCGCUUGUGUGGGGGUCCGUACGCGCGAGCUGUCACGAGGCAGCUGGUGCUGAAGGACUACCUAGUCGGAGCGCCCUCGGGCGGACUCCGCGACCUCCUCGCCGAGUUUAGGUGUGAAGUCGUGGCCUUGUUGUAGGAGUGAAGACCGAGCUGAACCCCGGUGGAGGGAGGCCCUCGGUGGAGGCUGUAGGCAGGGCGACGUGAGGCGGCCUCCAUCCGGCCGCCUUCACCCUCGUGUCAGCGGUCUCUUGUAAACCUGUGCUCGUCCUGUGUUGUGAUGUCCAGAAAUAUAUUUUUCGAAGGCAACUCGGUGCAUUGUGUAAGCUGUUUGUCCAGGAGGGUUGUGUUACUGAGUAUUGAUUUGGCAUUCCUGCCCUUCAUCAGAUGGUCAUUUGGGGAAGGGUGUGUGUUCUUCAGAAGUCACAAGACCGAUCAUGAAAGAUUAGUGUUGUUUUGUCUCAACAUGGUCCCACUUUUUAACGGUUUCUUCACGUAGCUUUUUGCCCCACGUUAAAAUUCCCCGCAGUGAAGAAAUGUACACCAGCAUGAAAGUGAAGAAACGCUAAUGUUUACGUCCACUUUACCUUUAACUGUGUGUGUCCUGAAAGGUUCGAACCCGUCACUUGGUGUGCGGAUGUGGCAGGAGGCUAACGAACAUGUGUUGGGAAGAUGACUCUCGUUUUGUGCCCCCUGCUCCGUGUCUGCGGUUCUGUUCAGAAUGUCAUUUACAGUGUCCUGCGGUUCUGUUCUGAACACUAUUUACAGUGUCUGCGGUUCUGUUCUGAACACUAUUUACAGUGUCUGUGGUUCUGUUAAGAACAUUAUUUACAGUGUCUGUGGUUCUGUUCAGAACAUUAUUUACAGUGUCUGCGGUUCUGUUCUGAACAUCAUUUACAGUGUCUGGUUCUGUUCAGAACAUUAUUUACAGUGCUGUGGUUCUGUUCUGAACGUCAUUUACAGUGUCUGGUUCUGUUCUGGACGUCAUUUACAGUGUCUGCGGUUCUGUUCUGGACGUCAUUUACAGUGUCUGCGGUUCUGCGGUUUUGUUUUGCCCAGAUGGACGUGCUGGUUUUGUUGCGUUGGUCCACACGAGGCCACGGUCUUGAGCAGAAACUCAGAUGUUGAUGCACGUGGAAAUCUAACCACCACGUGAUACCAAGUGCACGUCAUAGAUGAGUGCACUGCUACUUCCUGCAGCCUCCGUGUGUUGAGGUGUGGCGGUCUUGUGUCUGUGUGUAAACCAGCCCACAGCAGCCUCUGGUGCAGCCGAGCAGCCUCUGGUACAGCCCAGAGCCGCCUCUGGUGCAGCCGAGCAGCCUCUGGUACAGCCGAGCAGCCUCUGGUACAGCACAGAGUAGCCUCUGGUGCAGCCGAGCAGCCUCUGGUACAGCCCAGAGCCGCCUCUGGUGCAGCCCAGAGCAGCCUCUGGUACAGCCCAGAGCCGCCUCUGGUGCAGUCGAGCAGCCUCUGGUGCAGCCGCCCACCCACCAGUGUAUGUGGACGUGCAUGUUUCAGGCCCCCCAGAUUGUUGUUCACUGUGCCCCAUGAAUCAAUGUCCGAAGAGGUUUUCAUUCUCUAACUGCACUUUACAGUACUUUUGCUGAUUUCCGGUACAGUAUCUACCAUGUUGUCAUGCAGCUGAAAUAGAAUUUAGUAAGGCUGGAAGGUGUGCGUGCAUGCGUAUGAAAGGAAGACUGGUUGGCUCAGGCAGGCAGGAGAGAAGGUUUUGCACCGCAGUGAACCGGAGGCAACCGGGUGCGUUGCCGCUCAGGAUGGAGACGGGUGAGCCCAGACUUCUCACACCACCAGAAAGCUGCACAUGAACGUCACUGCUGGUGUUCUGGCCCAGCACCUUCCUCUGGGUCAACAUGUUCUGACGUUUUGAGUUUUGCGAUGUUUCAAACUUUGUCUCAAAUGCCUGUUAUGUUGAACUGGAAAGUGAUGUACAUUGUACAGAUUACAAUGAAAGUGUUGCAAAACAAAGGUCAAAGGAAGUUGUUUUUAUUGUAAACAUUUAUUCAUCUGAGUGGAAUUGCUGAGCGGAGUCAUUUGGUCAAACACACAAAAAGAAGCACUUUUGUCUCCAUGUGUAGAGGUCCACGGUUGAGCUGGUUUGUUGUUUUUGAAAUCUUGUCGUCCAUCCGCUCAGAUAACAAUGAUGCUUUGCAAGGAUGCGUUUCAAGAUGACCAGCCUUGGUUAGUCAUAAAUCCCACUAAACCUAGUUUAUACAUUACGUGUAAAUCAAUACACAAGCUGGACCUGUGCAGCCCUUCAGCUUCCACUGUGAGCUGCUUGCUGUAACAGAUGAAUUUCUGAGUGUUUGUUUUGCUUUUAAAUAUACCAUUGAAAUGUACUCUU